GAAAAAGAAACACAAUUAUAUUCUCUCCACCAUGAAAAUUCCUCAGCUUCGGUUGUUUUUUCUUCUUUUUAUUUGUUCAAACUCCAUCGCCAAAAAAUCUCUUAAGCGUUACAGUCUUCUUCUUCCAGUGUUCAAAGAUGAAAUUACAGGACAAUAUAUAACUCAAAUGUACCAAAGAACCCCUAUUGUCCCUGUCAAUUUAACCGUUGACCUCGGCGGACGAUUUCUAUGGAUGGAUUGUGAUAAUGGUUACAUUAGUUCAUCUUACAAACAUGUUCCAUGUGGUUCAAGACCAUGCAAACUGUCAGGUUCACAAGGGUGUUAUGGAGCUAGUUGUCCUGUUCCUCCUAGGCCAGGGUGCAACAACCACACAUGUGCACACAUUCCAUAUAACCCUAUAUACAGAACUAGCACUGAUGGUGAACUUGCUGAAGAUGUUAUUGCUUUAUGGUCCACUAAUUAUAAUGGAUCCAUAAUGGGCCAUCUUUUAGCAUCACCUAGUGGGGUGAUGUUUAGUUGUUCUGAUGAUCUUAUGUUACACAAAUUAGCUUAUGGGGUUAAGGGCAUGGCUGGACUUGGAAGUGGUUACACUGGGCUUCCUUCACAAAUAGCUAGAGCUUUUUAUUUACCUCGAAAAUUUGCCAUUUGUUUGAGUGCUGAUACUAUAUCAAAUGGUGUAAUUUUAUUUGGUGAAGGACGACAAUCUGCUUAUGCAUCUAAUGAGGUACAAAGUUACACUCCUCUGCUUAAAAAUCCUGUUAGUACUGCAGGGGCGUAUUAUCCUGGUGAGCCAUCAGUUGAAUAUUUUAUUGGAGUGGAGAAAAUCUUAGUCAAUGGGAAAAUUGUACCGAUUGAUAGUAAGUUACUAGCUAUUAACAAGACUACUGGAGUUGGAGGAACAAAGAUUAGCACUGUUGUUCCUUAUGGUACAAUGGAGACAUCAAUCUACAAGGCGUUUAAGCACGAGUUUCUCAAAGCUAUUGAUGAAGAUCCAAUAGCAGAACCUAUUAGGCCAUUUGAGUUGUGCUUUAACAUGUCGAAUUUGGGGACUUCAACUGGCCUAAUAAUUCCUCAAGUUAGUCUUGUUUUGCAAGGGGAUCGAAAUAAUACCAAUUGGGAUCUUUCGAUGGACAAUUUGAUGGCGUCUCCUGUUGCUAGUAGCGGUUUGUUGUGUCUCGGAUUUUUGGAUGGUGGUGAAAAUUCUCAAACAUCCAUUGUUCUUGGAGGCUUACAAAUUGAAGAGAACCUGUUGGAAUUUGAUCUUGUGAAGAAAAGAAUGGGAUUUUACAAAAAUCCAAUGCUUAAGAGGUGUAAUUUCCUUAGCUAAAAUUGUUGUGAUAUUAGAAGACAUUAUGCGAAGGCCAGAGUGAUGAAAAGUAUGUUCACUUGUGUUUCUCAAAAUUUAAGUUAAUGCAUUAUCUUAUGUUAGACCAA